AUGGGGAAACACGCACAACUAGUGAUUGGACCUGCUGGCUCCGGAAAAUCGACUUAUUGCCAAACAAUUCAAGAACAUGGUAACAAUACAAAGAGAGUUAUUCAUGUUGUAAAUUUAGAUCCUGCGGCUGAGGAGUUUAAAUAUCAAUGUGCAUUUGAUAUUCGUGACUUGGUAACAUUGGAGGAUGUCAUGGAGGAGUUUCAACUUGGUCCGAACGGAGGUCUAGUUUACUGUAUGGAAUAUUUAAUGCAAAAUUUAGAAGAUUGGUUCUCGGAAGAAUUGAGUGAUUAUGAGAAUGACUAUUUAAUCUUUGAUUGUCCAGGUCAAAUUGAACUUUACAGUCAUGUACCAAUCAUGCAGUUAUUUGUAAAGGAGUUGGAACGAAGAGGAUAUAGGGUUUGUUGUGUCUAUUGUAUGGACGUACAAUUUAUAGAAGAUGUUACAAAAUAUAUCAGUGGUAUUACCCAGGCCCUUUCUGCAAUGAUUCAAUUCGAGACUCCUCAUGUCAAUAUUUUCACAAAAUGUGAUACUCUAAAAGGAAAUAAGGAAAGAUCAAACAUUUUAGAAAAGCUAAAAGUUCCUGACAAAACUGAGCUUCUCUACGCUUUAGAGAAAGAAACCAAUCCCCAUAAGAGAAAUUCAUCUUUCUCCAAACUCAAUCAUGCAAUUGUUUCAUUAAUUGACAACUUCAACAUGGUUGGAUUUCUUGAAUUGGAUAUUACUGAUGAAGAAUCGAUAGAAUACAUCCUCUCCUAUGUUGAUAUGACUAUUCAGUAUGGUGAAGAUGAAGAGGCAAAGGAACCAAAAGAAGAAACAGAAGAAAGCACUCAAGAUGAAUAAAUUAAUUCAUCAGGUUAACUUUU